AUGCGAGUCCGGAGAAAGAAACUUAGGGGACAAGGAGGGGAAAUUACGGUUGCAACUCCGCAGAAUAUUGACAAGGUGAAAGCUGAGAUAAGGAAGAAGAUUUCAUCUGGCGAAUAUACUGUUGGGCAACAAAUUGCACCAAGAAAGGUCAGUGCCAAACAGUAUUAUUUUACUUCAUUGCUAUGAUAGACAGGGCCGAGAUUGAUAGACAGGAUAAAAAUAAUGCAAUAAUCAGAUGUACUGUAGAUUUCUCUAGGGUCUGAUCUAUUUACAGGGUCUGUAUUGUAAGUAAUUUGUUAAUCAUUAAUCUUGAAGCAAACGUUCCAUUCCAUUUUCAUCUCGAUUGUAGUAUGAAAAGAUGGCAUUAAAUGAAAAUGGAGAGAUAGUUAGAUCUGAGUUUGUUGUGGAAGGACGAAAGCAGCCUUUGGUCGAGAUUAGAGAACGAACAUUGAAAAGCCAGGAGAAGUACAUGCGACAACGAUGUGAUGACGAGUACGAUAAAAUGACAAGUGAAAGUUUGAUAACAUGUCUCAAAGCAAUAAACGAGUACCAUGAAGACGAAAAUGUGCAGUCGAUGCGGGAUAGGCUAAAAGAUAUUAGAGAGUUUUAGCUUGACGUUUACGGCAAAUGUCAAACCGCUAACAAAGUUUUUGAUUUUACAACUUUAUUAUAACAGCUUUUACACCAGUUUUGAAAUAUAUUAAACAAUUAUUAAACUUGUGUUCUUUAGCAAUGAUUUAAGGAAGCAAAUUAAUCACUAGUCACAUAUUCACCAAAGCAGUAAAUGAAGAUCUGGCAUUUGAAGUUUACGUUUGGGGUAUAAAUUUCAUGCUUGAACUGCUACGAAGGCUUGCAGUCGUUAAAGCAUGAAAUUUAUACGCCAAACGUAACCUUCAAACGCCAGAUCUUCAUUUACUGCUUUGGUGAAUACAUGACUAGUGGUUAAUUUGCUUUCUUAAAUCAUUGCUAAAGAACACAAGUGUAAUAAUUGUUUAAUAUAUUUCAAGACUGGUGUAAAAGCUGUUAUAAUAAAGUUGUAAAAUCAAAAACUUCGUUAGCGGUUUGACGUUUGCCGUAAACGUCAAGCUAAAACUCUCUAUUGAGAGAACAAGGCAUCUGAAAGUUUGGCAUGAUCUAUCAACGAUUGCUAACCACGGCCAUUUGGUUUUUAUGGUGUCAUCCCUAUAUGAUCCUGCAAUCCAUUACCUUGAUAGCGAGUACCAAAAUCUCACUGGCUGCAAAAACACAGACAUUCAAACGAAGGUGGAAACGCCGGAAGUCUACAUAGUUGUGCGGUCGGGAAGUUCAGAUGUUGAACAACUCACAUACGUUGAUACACGUCUGGAAUGUUUGGAAGAACUAAGCAUCGAUAUAAAGACUAGUGGUGGGAAUGAUGUCGCAGAUAAAAUGCGCUUCUUUCACGGUGACAGUCCUGCACGUCAACUGGAAUCAGGGCAGCAAAAAGGAGGAAACUUCUAUUGUUCUGGAUGUGGUGCAAAUGCACAACAGGCAUAUCAGCUGGACAUUUGCUUUUCUUGCCACUACCUGUCACUAAUAGAUCGGCAACAGUUGGUACUCGCUGGACCUCCUGGAAGAAAAAAUUCUCUGGCAAAAGCUCCCAAGCCAUUUCAAAAGUUAAAGAAAGAUGAACUUAUUCGAGAACUGAAUACCAGAGGAAUCUAUGAAGGGGAGUCAAAGAAAGAGCUUGAGAAGCUUUUGACAGAGGAACUCCACGGCGUUCAGAGAGUACCUGCUUUGCUUUACAACAACCCAACAGCUACCCUGGAAUCCAUCAACUGUGACAAGUAUGAAAUACUUAGUUUUGAACCCCUCCACGACAUACAUUAACAGUAUAUAACCAGUUGUGCAAAAUCACAAAAGAAUGAUAAAUAAAUAAACACAAAGAAUAUAAAAUAAGCACAAAAUAGAAACAAGCUAACAAAUUACCUGUUAUUUUUGACAUUACAGAUAGUACAGGCUGUUCAAGAGUUGAAAGUUCAGUUGUAUCAGAUCCUACAACAUUGGAGAAAACUAUUAAUAUUACUGGUACGUACUGUUCAAAACUUAGGGUCUGUUUAUAUAAUCCUCCCUAGACAGGAUGUUUCCAUUGCGAUGAAGCCAUUUAAGUGCUUGACAUCAUAUUUUUUGUUGCAAUAAAGGCAACAUGCAUGUUCAAAAGGGAAAAGUUCAUCCCACCUUAUAAUUAUAGGAGUUUUUCAUCCCGGCUUGGCGGGAUGAAGUGUUUAUUUUUCAUCUCGUUGAGGCGGCAUCUGUUGCCAAGAUCCUGUCUAGGCGGGAUAAAUGGCAGGAUCAUACAAACACUCUUUCGAAUUUGUAUUACGAGCAGGAUCUUGGUAAGCAUCCAGUCCUGCCUGGUGGGAAUCAUAUAAUCAGGCCCCCUUAUUAAUUAGUACUGGUAAAAUCUUGUCCAGAGAGCUUUACUUGUACACUUAUACACAAUGACUCUAUAGUCACGAGUUAUUGAUAUAUUCACAGCACACAGUUGUGCUGCAUUCUCAGAAAAAUAUAAAUACAUGUGUCUUAGAUUAUCAAGUCACAUGUACAUUAAUUUGUUACAGGUAGCACAAGCUGCUCAAGAGUUGCAGUUGUUACAAAUCCUGGAACCGCAAUGCCAAAUUCUGGUACAAUGGGUAAUGACACAUGUGUGACAAAGUUAGGAAAAGGAAUUGAGUUUGUUCUUGGGAAGUCAGCUGAAGUUUUAGAAUUUGACAAAGCACGGCAGAAACAUAAGCAGUCACCUUCUGAUAAGUUCAUUCUUGACAAGUUUAUUUAUGAAAAGGGUGGCUGUUAUGGAGGUCAAAAUUUCUAA